CCGGAUGUUUAAUAAACGCCCGGCCGCCGGGAAUGUUCUCAUCCGGGUGCCGCUUGAAGAAGGCCAGUAUAUAAAUUGGCAUGAAACGUCUAUGAUCUUUUAACAGCCGCCAAUCCCCCUUUCUCCCUUCUUACUGUGACGGGAGUAAAAUCUAUAUCUUUGAACACCAAAACCAAAACCCUAGCACGCCUUAGAAUGCAACCCCAGUUCCAUAACAUCGUCAACGACGAGCUGCGAGGCAGCAAGGAGACGCACCGGGUAGUCGACCCGCGGACGGAAGAGGAGCUGUGGGAAUGCCCAGUCGCGACGGCCGAGGACUUUGAAGAUGCCGUCGCGGCGGCCCAGCGAGCCUUCACGAGCUGGUCUCAGACGACGGUCCCCGAGCGGCAGGCGCUCCUCGUCAAGCUAGCCGACGUACUCCGCGACAACGCCGACGAUCUCGCCGGCAUCCUCAUGAAGGAAACCGGCAAAUCCAAGAUCCUCGCCGACAUCGACGUGCAGGCCAGCGUGGCGCAGUGCCUAUACUACUCCGAAAACGCACUCUCAGACGAAGUCCAGCACGAGGACGCGCACUCGCGCGUCGUGGCGACGCACAUCCCGCUCGGCACGGUGGCGGCCAUCUGCCCGUGGAACUUCCCGCUGAUCCUGUCCAACAUCAAGGUGGUGUCGUCGCUGGUGACGGGCAACUGCGUCAUCGUCAAGCCGUCGCCUAGCACGCCCUACGCCGUCAUGCGCUGGGCCGAGCUCAGCCGCGGCGUGCUCCCCCCCGGCGUCUUCCAGGUCCUCAACGGCGGCGCCGACCUCGGCGCCGCCAUGACCGCCCACCCGGGCAUCGCCAAGAUUAGCUUUACUGGGACUAUUGCCGUCGGCAAGAAGGUCAUGGCCGCUUGCGCCAAGACCUUGAAGAAGGUUACUCUCGAGCUGGCGGGCAAUGAUGCCUGCGUCGUGUGCGACGAUGCGGACCUGGAUGUCGCCGUGCCGGCUGUGGCUAGUGGCGGCUUCUUCAACGCCGGCCAGGUGUGUGUUGCGAGCAAGCGGAUCUAUGUGCAUGAGAGUAUCUAUGACAAGUUUCUGGACAGGUUGGUACAAGAAGUGGAGGCGCGGUUUGGGAUUCAGGAGGACGGGUUUGCGCCCAGUGUGUUUGGGCCGGUGGAUAACCGCGUGCAGUACGAGGUGGUGAAGGGCAUUAUCGAGGACUGUAGGAGCAAGGGGUAUAAAAUUGUUACGGGUGGCAAGACGGAGGAGGUUAAGGACAAGAAGGGGUUCUGGUUGUCACCGACAAUCGUGUCCAGGCCGCCAGAGGAGUCGUUGCUGGUGCAGGAGGAGCAAUUCGGGCCCGUCCUACCCAUCCUCUCCUGGUCCGAUGAAGACGAUGUCAUCAAGCGGUCUAACCUCGCCAACGCCGGUCUCGGCGCAUCAGUCUACUCAUCGGAUUUGGCGCGGGCUGAGCGCAUCGCGCGCCGGCUUGAGGCGGGUGGCGUCUGGAUCAACCAGUUUGAGAGGCCCAACUUUGGGGCCUACUUCUCGGGCAUCAAGGACAGCGGGUUCGGUGGCGAGAUGGGCAAGCAGGGCUUGCUCUCGUAUGCCUACACCAAGUGUUUGCAUUUCCCGAAGUGAAGUUGUUGGGGGGUGGGUGAUGGGCUUGGGAACGUGAUGUGGCGUUGAUAAGGUGUCAUUUGUUGUGUGUGGGAUGGAUAUCGUAUCAGGCCCAUGAACAAAGGACUGACGAUUCUGUGUGCCGAAUAUCCAGACAGCAGUCGUGGCGGUGACGAGAGGCUCUGGAAAUACGAUUGGAUACCACUGAUAUCGCUGAUCCCACACAAAUGCAGAAAGGCUCGGACGGAAGACAAAGCAACGGCACAUUGAAGUGAAAUGGCGCGUUGGCAGGCCCAACAGGGUUUUAUAGGCCAGGUUGAAUACGAGGUCAUCGGGCAGUCGGCUGAGAACCAGCUCCUAUCAGCAUCGAGCAACUGCAAGCCACAACCAGCUUCAGGGUUCUUGGCUUCGUGUGACAUCAACUGCCAAGGGCACAGUGACGCCGCAAGGUAUAAGCUGGAGGAUCUUCCUACCGCUACAUUAAAGAUAUAA